AUGUACGAAAGUAUCAAGGAACUACGUUGGGACACAAAGAUGUUAACAGUAAAGGGAAACGACGGUCACGAACAGUCUAACCAUCGUCUGGGCUCGGACGUGAGACGAGGAGAUGUGACAAAAACGGACGGACGCCUUUGCAUUAUUCCGUCUUCAAUAACCUACCUACCCGCCUAUGUGAAACUUCUGGUUAAGAACGGUGCCGACCCGAACCGCGAGUGCAACGAACAUCUUACACCAACAGCACUCGCCAUCAUCGAAGACAAUUCAGAGAUGCUGACACUCCUAAUAUCUCUCGGAGCCGACCCUGACCGUAUCGUAGAGUUGGAUGGCGAGCAGGUGACGCUUCUGCAGCUCGCAGUGAGUUUGUACAAUUUUAAAAUCGUACGGCUGUUGUUGGAGAAUGGUGCGGAUCCAGACAAAAGUGCCCCCGCGACGGGAGAAACAGCGUUACACGUCGCCGCACGCGCCCGUCCACUCGAGAGAAGAAAGCUGAUAGCUCUGCAAUCCACGUUGUACACAUUGAUUGCGCGCGGCGCCUCACUCGAGACGACACGAAACGAUGGUUUUACCCCAUUACAGGUGGCCAUAUUGUAUAGGAGAUAUGAUGAGGCAAGGAUUUUAAUCAUCGGCGGAUCAAGACUGAACAGUACAAUCGAACGAGGUGAAUUUCGGGGGCGUACGUCAUUUCAUUUAGCUGCAAGUUCGCUGGACGUCGAUUUGAUCGAUCUCUGUUUGAAGUAUGGAGCCGACGUGAACGUGUGUGACAGGCACGACGGGAUAGACCUUCCGGCCAGUACUUUGAUGGCCGCGAUAUACGAUUUUAAAGAUAAAGGAGUGGACAAUUCCGAAGUCGUGGUGGAAAUUUUAAAAAUGUUCACGAGGUGUAUUGAGAAGAUCGUCGCAGCGGGUGCCGAACUAAGGUGUUGCAGCCUAGGAACCCCGUUUCCUCUCAAUUAUAUCGCCUCGAAAGGGGACGCGAGGAUAAUGAUAAUACUUCUGAGCGGAGGCGUACAGACAAACCGCUUGGAUGAAAGCGGAGAGACCGCCCUGCACAAAGCGGCGAGUAUGGGUUACGUCGACUGCUGUCGUCUGUUGCUGGAGUAUGGGGCGAUAUACAACUACAAAAGUCGUCACAAGUGUCAUAGGACGCCCGCACAGUUGGCGAAGUUCGUUGGGCACACGGGGGUGACAUCGUUGUUGUCCACCAUUGACAGAUAUUCCAAGCGACUGCAGAUUGGUAAAUUUAAACAGCCCAACCCCGACGACGAACUGUUUACUGCCGUUAUGAACUGUCGUUCCAGUGGAGGAACCACCCUGCUAGGAAGCGCCGUCCACCUCUGGCAGGUGUGCGACGGCUUCCAGAACAAAUACGCUCUCAUCGGCUUCCAGAGGUUAUGGAAAAAGAACCUUUACGCACCCGAUAGAUUUUUCAAAACGAAGAUGUACGAAAGUAUCAAGGAACUACGUUGGGACACAAAGAUGUUAACAGUAAAGGGAAACGACGGUCACGAACAGUCUAACCAUCGUCUGGGCUCGGACGUGAGACGAGGAGAUGUGACAAAAACGGACGGACGCCUUUGCAUUAUUCCGUCUUCAAUAACCUACCUACCCGCCUAUGUGAAACUUCUGGUUAAGAACGGUGCCGACCCGAACCGCGAGUGCAACGAACAUCUUACACCAACAGCACUCGCCAUCAUCGAAGACAAUUCAGAGAUGCUGACACUCCUAAUAUCUCUCGGAGCCGACCCUGACCGUAUCGUAGAGUUGGAUGGCGAGCAGGUGACGCUUCUGCAGCUCGCAGUGAGUUUGUACAAUUUUAAAAUCGUACGGCUGUUGUUGGAGAAUGGUGCGGAUCCAGACAAAAGUGCCCCCGCGACGGGAGAAACAGCGUUACACGUCGCCGCACGCGCCCGUCCACUCGAGAGAAGAAAGCUGAUAGCUCUGCAAUCCACGUUGUACACAUUGAUUGCGCGCGGCGCCUCACUCGAGACGACACGAAACGAUGGUUUUACCCCAUUACAGGUGGCCAUAUUGUAUAGGAGAUAUGAUGAGGCAAGGAUUUUAAUCAUCGGCGGAUCAAGACUGAACAGUACAAUCGAACGAGGUGAAUUUCGGGGGCGUACGUCAUUUCAUUUAGCUGCAAGUUCGCUGGACGUCGAUUUGAUCGAUCUCUGUUUGAAGUAUGGAGCCGACGUGAACGUGUGUGACAGGCACGACGGGAUAGACCUUCCGGCCAGUACUUUGAUGGCCGCGAUAUACGAUUUUAAAGAUAAAGGAGUGGACAAUUCCGAAGUCGUGGUGGAAAUUUUAAAAAUGUUCACGAGGUGUAUUGAGAAGAUCGUCGCAGCGGGUGCCGAACUAAGGUGUUGCAGCCUAGGAACCCCGUUUCCUCUCAAUUAUAUCGCCUCGAAAGGGGACGCGAGGAUAAUGAUAAUACUUCUGAGCGGAGGCGUACAGACAAACCGCUUGGAUGAAAGCGGAGAGACCGCCCUGCACAAAGCGGCGAGUAUGGGUUACGUCGACUGCUGUCGUCUGUUGCUGGAGUAUGGGGCGAUAUACAACUACAAAAGUCGUCACAAGUGUCAUAGGACGCCCGCACAGUUGGCGAAGUUCGUUGGGCACACGGGGGUGACAUCGUUGUUGUCCACCAUUGACAGAUAUUCCAAGCGACUGCAGAUUGGUAAAUUUAAACAGCCCAACCCCGACGACGAACUGUUUACUGCCGUUAUGAACUGUCGUUCCAGUGGAGGAACCACCCUGCUAGGAAGCGCCGUCCACCUCUGGCAGGUGUGCGACGGCUUCCAGAACAAAUACGCUCUCAUCGGCUUCCAGAGGUUAUGGAAAAAGAACCUUUACGCACCCGAUAGAUUUUUCAAAACGAAGAUGUACGAAAGUAUCAAGGAACUACGUUGGGACACAAAGAUGUUAACAGUAAAGGGAAACGACGGUCACGAACAGUCUAACCAUCGUCUGGGCUCGGACGUGAGACGAGGAGAUGUGACAAAAACGGACGGACGCCUUUGCAUUAUUCCGUCUUCAAUAACCUACCUACCCGCCUAUGUGAAACUUCUGGUUAAGAACGGUGCCGACCCGAACCGCGAGUGCAACGAACAUCUUACACCAACAGCACUCGCCAUCAUCGAAGACAAUUCAGAGAUGCUGACACUCCUAAUAUCUCUCGGAGCCGACCCUGACCGUAUCGUAGAGUUGGAUGGCGAGCAGGUGACGCUUCUGCAGCUCGCAGUGAGUUUGUACAAUUUUAAAAUCGUACGGCUGUUGUUGGAGAAUGGUGCGGAUCCAGACAAAAGUGCCCCCGCGACGGGAGAAACAGCGUUACACGUCGCCGCACGCGCCCGUCCACUCGAGAGAAGAAAGCUGAUAGCUCUGCAAUCCACGUUGUACACAUUGAUUGCGCGCGGCGCCUCACUCGAGACGACACGAAACGAUGGUUUUACCCCAUUACAGGUGGCCAUAUUGUAUAGGAGAUAUGAUGAGGCAAGGAUUUUAAUCAUCGGCGGAUCAAGACUGAACAGUACAAUCGAACGAGGUGAAUUUCGGGGGCGUACGUCAUUUCAUUUAGCUGCAAGUUCGCUGGACGUCGAUUUGAUCGAUCUCUGUUUGAAGUAUGGAGCCGACGUGAACGUGUGUGACAGGCACGACGGGAUAGACCUUCCGGCCAGUACUUUGAUGGCCGCGAUAUACGAUUUUAAAGAUAAAGGAGUGGACAAUUCCGAAGUCGUGGUGGAAAUUUUAAAAAUGUUCACGAGGUGUAUUGAGAAGAUCGUCGCAGCGGGUGCCGAACUAAGGUGUUGCAGCCUAGGAACCCCGUUUCCUCUCAAUUAUAUCGCCUCGAAAGGGGACGCGAGGAUAAUGAUAAUACUUCUGAGCGGAGGCGUACAGACAAACCGCUUGGAUGAAAGCGGAGAGACCGCCCUGCACAAAGCGGCGAGUAUGGGUUACGUCGACUGCUGUCGUCUGUUGCUGGAGUAUGGGGCGAUAUACAACUACAAAAGUCGUCACAAGUGUCAUAGGACGCCCGCACAGUUGGCGAAGUUCGUUGGGCACACGGGGGUGACAUCGUUGUUGUCCACCAUUGACAGAUAUUCCAAGCGACUGCAGAUUGGUAAAUUUAAACAGCCCAACCCCGACGACGAACUGUUUACUGCCGUUAUGAACUGUCGUUCCAGUGGAGGAACCACCCUGCUAGGAAGCGCCGUCCACCUCGCAUUGAAAAGAGAAGCCGAAAUUUUGAUGGGUCUAAGGUUAGGAAUGAGUGAUGGUGAUUCAUAA